AUGGCGGAAAACUCUCCGAACCCCGUUCCCUUCUCGGAGCCGCCCUAUUUGCGUGGUCUCCCAUCCCCAUACAUCACGACCGCUCACCGCGAGUUCCAGAAGCGAUGCCGCAAAUUCGCAUGGGAGAACCUGAUUCAGCAUGCGAUGGAAUGGGAGAAGGCUGGGACUGUUCCAGAGCAUGUUUUUGACACUUUCUGCAAGCACAACAUGCUGUUGCCAAAUAUGCCUGCCCCCCUUCCUGUUGACUGGCUGAAGCGGCUAGGGAUCAAUGACAUCUUGGGUGUCAAGGUCGAAGAUUGGGACUACAUCUAUACCGGCAUUUACUGCGAUGAGUUGGCUCGUUCUGGUCUGAGCGGCCCCGGUGGCUCCUUGAAUGCGGGUUUCGCCUUCGGCAUCCCGCCUAUUGUCAAAUUUGGCAGCAAAGAUCUGCAAGAACGGUUCCUGCCCGAUCUUCUUACCGGGAAAAAGCGUUCUUGUAUUGCUAUUACCGAGCCCGAGGCCGGUAGUGAUGUUGCAAACAUUGUCACCACUGCUACCAAGAGCGCUGACGGGAAGCAUUAUAUUGUGAAUGGCACCAAAAAAUGGAUCACCAACGGUAUCUGGUCCGACUAUGCGACCAUGGCUGUUCGGACAAGUGGACCAGGGCCUACCGGCCUUUCGGUUCUGGUUGUGCCCCUGAAGAACCAUCCUGGUGUCACCAUGCGUCGACUGAAGGUCUCAGGCCAGAUCACGGGUGGCACGACCUACAUCGAGCUCGACGAUGUCAAGGUCCCGGUGUCCAACUUGGUAGGCAAGGAAGGGGAGGGCAUGCGCAUCAUCAUGACUAAUUUUAACCACGAGCGUCUCGUGAUCUCUGUUGGGGUUACUCGCUCCGCACGCGUGGCUCUGUCUGCUGCUUUCUCUUAUUGCCUCAAGCGUGAGGCUUUCGGCAAGACCCUCAUGGAUCAGCCCGUGGUGCGGCAUCGACUUGCCAAGGCCGGUGCUGAGCUCGAGACUAUGUAUGCUUGGGUCGAACAAAUUCUUUACCAGCUGUGCCAUCUCAGCAAGGAAGAGAGCGACCGCCAGCUUGGAGGCUUGACAGCUUUGGCAAAGGCAAAGUCCGCGAUGGUUCUCAAUGAAUGCGCUCAGGUUGCCGUGCUCCUGUUCGGUGGCAAUGGUUUCACACAAACCGGUCAGGGUGAACUUGUUGAAGCAAUCCUGCGGGAUGUCCCUGGCGCCCGUAUUCCCGGUGGCUCAGAAGACGUAUUGCUCGACCUGUCCGUGCGCCAAUUGGUUAAGAUCUACCAAGCACAGGAAAAGAAGCUGUCACAGAGCUCUAAGAUUUAG